AUGCUGAUAGGCAUCUGCGGAGGUGAGGCCAUUUGAACGACUGCCUCGUUACCGCUACUGAAGUCUUUUGCAGGUAUUUGUGCUGGCAAGUACUCGGUACUCGGUAUGGAGAGUGAAACGCAGCUGUAUCUAGUGUAUACCCUAACAUCGGUAUAGAGUACUUGGUCCAACGUCACGACUUCCAGAUCCUCAAGCUCACCCGAACGGCUUCAACACCUAGUAUCGAGAAAUCUGCUUCGGAGGCUCACGUGCCAGAUGCAGAUGAAAGCAACGACAAGGGAAUGACAUUCCCCGAUGCGAAUGAGCUCCUGGACUAUGCUACCAAGCACUGGCGCGAGAGGUUCGUCACGACUUCUAUUUACGAUGAAUCGAUCGUGGACGUACUCUCGCGGAGACCAUUCUUUAUUCUCCUUCACAUCGAUGCUCCAAUAUCUGUGCGCUGGCAACGAUUCCGAGACCGAUGCGCAAAAGCUGCAAUGACGCCGCCGACUUUAGAGCAAUUUGUCUUGCGGAAUGAUGAGCACAUAUACUCAUCGACUGGACUAGCAACUCUUGCUUCGAGAGCGCAGAUUAAGCUUCUAAACUCGACUUCUUCCAUCCCGAAAUUCUGGGCUUCGCUGGAUGCGCUGAACCUUCCAGAUGAUGCAAGAAUCCGGCCAACUUGGGAUCAGUACUUCAUGACGCUCGCGUCUCUGGCUGCCCGCCGGAGCAACUGCAUGAGACGUCAAGUUGGCUGCGUCCUUGUACGAAACAAGCGUGUCAUGGCAACUGGCUACAACGGCACGCCUCGAAACGUCUCCAACUGCAACGAAGGCGGCUGUCCACGUUGUAACGGUGGAGGCAUAGGCGGCGCUGACCUGAGUACCUGCUUAUGUAUCCACGCCGAAGAGAAUGCACUAUUGGAAGCCGGUCGGGAGCGUGUUGGGGAUGGAGGUGUGCUAUACUGCAACACUUGUCCGUGUUUGACGUGCACCAUCAAGAUCGUGCAAGUGGGCAUCACCGAGGUGGUCUAUAGUCAGAGCUACUACAUGGAUGCAGAAGCGGCCAAGAUAUUCAAGGUAUGUUCUUCCCAAUGUCCCUGCAUCGCGCCCUCCACAUCGCACAGAAGGCGGCAGCGGCUCGGCUAGCAACCGUUGUUCAGGUGACGAGCCGACUUGCAGAGACACUUUUAUCACUCUCGACCUCCGUCUAAGAUACAUAUACAUACAUGCUGAUACCACUUUUGCAGGAGGCCGGUGUCAAACUCCGCCAAUUCUCUCCACCGAAGGAAGGUCUCGUCAACCUCCUUGGCGAAGAGCACCUCCCUCCGAUGCCGAAUGGACACUCCAAGUCCGCAUCUUAG